AUGAAGUACAUAUGGCUGGAUUGCGACCCGGGUCACGAUGAUGCCACGGCCAUAUUGCUCGCCAUUCAAUGUCCCGGCAUCACCCUGUUGGGAGUGUCCACCGUGCACGGGAACGCCAACGCGGAAAAUACCAACAACAACGCUGCCCGUUGCCUAUACGCCUUCGCCGCCCCCUCCCAUAUUCGCGUCUGCCCAGGCGCGACCAAGCCGCUCAUCCGAGCAGAACGGCACGACCCCGAGAUACACGGGAUCGACGGACUCGGCGGUGUCGAGGGUCUGCCACAUGCCUCGCAUCCAGGCGUGCAGACACGCCUCAUCGACCACGGCGCGCCAAUACGCGCCUUGGAGGGCAUGGCGUAUGCCGUGCGCCAGACUUGGAAGGAAGGCCAAGGGCACAAGGUUACAAUGAUAUCCUCAGGUCCUAUGACGAAUGUAGGGCUCUUUGUGAGCGUAUACCCGGAGCUUCUGGAUGGCAUCGAGGAAUUCGUGUUCAUGGGAGGAGGCGUAGGUAUUGGAAACCGGUCGGCUGCAGCAGAGUUCAACAUCCUCUGUGACCCCGAAGCCGCCCAAAUCGUCCUCGACGCCCCCGUCAAGAAGACCAUGAUCCCGCUCAACGUGACGCACACCGCGAUCGUCACCCGCGCGGUGCACGCCCGCCUGCUCUCCCCCGCCUUCGGCAUCGUCGCGCCGCCCGGCCCCGCCGCGCCUGGCGCGACGCUCCCCCGCGCGUCGACCCCGCUCCGGCACAUGCUCUCGACACUCAUCGGCUUCUUCGCGGACGCGUACAAGUCCACGUUCGGCUUCGUCGAUGGCCCCCCGCUCCACGACGCGCUCACGGUCGCGUACGUCGCCCGUCCGGAGCUGUUCGCCUGCCGCCGAUACCGGGUUGAUGUCGAGCUCGCCGGCGCGCACACUGCGGGCGAGACCGUCGUCGACGUCUGGAACUACCGCCAGUGCGACGACUCGUGGGGGCGCAACGGCAAGAACUGCAUGGUCGCGGAGAAGCUAGAGGUUGACGGGUUUUUCAAGCUGUUCUUAGAUUGCGUAGCUAGAUGUGACAAAGUGUCUCCCUUGAAUCAAUAG